ACGGUCUCCCAAUCUUUGAAAUUUCCUCCUCUUUCCUCUCCUCCAUCUUCCUCGACACACACAAGGUAAUCUAGGUUUUUCACAGACUGGCCACGUUUGUAAAUUUAAAUAAUUAACAUGUUUUCACUUAAUUUCAAGCAUGCCCUCGAAUCCCAGAAGAGAAACUGAUCUUUUCUUCACAUCCAAUGAAAGAAUAGGGUUCACCAUUACAAUCUUAACUCAAAAUGUUCUCUUCCAGGAAGAAUCCACACCUUCUUCCGCAGAUUGUACCUUCUUUUCACGCCUCUACCUCUUUUCUAUGCUUAAAUAGCAGUGAAAUUUUGCUUCGCCACCACCACGAUCUGCUUUCCAGCGAUUAUAAUUUCGCAGAAAAUGCUCCGGUUCUUCAGGCCGCCAUUGACUUGCCAGUUCCAAGCGACACAGCAUUAGGUUAUCAAGAUUUUGACAGGCUAAAUGUAGAUCUUGGGACUACUAUAAAUGCUUUUCCAAAAAGAAAAAGGACGGUGAAAAAUGACAGGCACAGCAAAAUAUUUACGGCUACAGGUCCGAGGGAUCGAAGAGUGCGGCUUUCCAUAAGUAUUGCACGCCAGUUCUUUGAUCUUCAAGAAAUGUUAGGUGUCGACAAACCAAGCAAAACCCUUGAUUGGCUACUGAAAAAAUCAAAAACAGCAAUCAAGGAGCUGAUUCGCACGAAACAAAGUACCGACAAUAUUCAUUCUUCCCCUUCUGAAUGCGGGAAUAAUAAAUCAAAUGACAACGGGGAAUCCUUGGGGACAAAUUUAAAGAAAAAAUCAUUGAUAAAUGCUGCCAACAGUAAAGAAGCAAAGGAUCCACAACAGGCUGCAGCAUUACUUAUUGCUAGAGAUUCAAGAGCAAGGGCAAGGGAAAGAACAAGAGAGAAACUGUGCAGCAAAAGGCUCCUCAAUGUUCAAGCCAAGCAGGUUUCUGAUUUCAGCCCACCCGUUCCAAGCCAAUCAAGGCCUUCUUCUUCAAGUCUAGGUUUUGAGCAAAACCUUAUAGUUUCAAGUGAUAUGGCUCCAAAUUGCCGUUCAUCUUCUCCCAAUUAUGAAGCUGAGAACUGGGAUAUUAGUAGCAUAAUCAGGCAAUCCAGUAUGUGUACGAUAUUCGACCAGCAUAAUAUUAUUAAAAGCCUCCCUUGGCAGGUCCGUGACUAGUUAGGUCGAGACUGAUUUAUGGUUCACCAGGUGCUUAAGCUAUGUAAGCUUUACUAAAUGUUUUUUCUCCCUUUUUUUAUCUAGCUAGUUUUCGGGUUGGAACAUUCAUGAAUUGUUAGUUCAUUUCAGUAUGUUAUUUUUUGUUAACAAUUUAGCCGUAGACCCUCAUUUAUUAAACAUUUUCUUUAUACUGCUGCCUGCAUUGGACGGGUCUAAUCUCGUCUUUAAUUAAUUAUCAUAUAUAAUCAGGUCAAAUACAAGUUAGAUUUUA